CGGCCGCGGGGCGCAUGCGCGCGCGUCUCCCUUAGCCGGCCGCUGCGCUCCGCGGCGGGGAAUAGAAUGAACUGUAACAAAACAAGCCGAGCCUUUGUAUCUGCUUAAAGGGGCCGCGGGCACUUCCCUCCUGUCCCCCUCCACCCCCGCCCCGCAACCGCGUCUCCAGGGCUCCCAGCAACUGGCUGGAAGGGCUUCCCUCGCCCUCAGGAACAGCCCGCCCGCGAGGAGAGGCGAGCCAGGCGGGAGGCAGAGAGGAGACACCGCAUUUCCAAAAGGCAAGAAAGAAAGGAAGGAAAAAAAGAAGCCAAGCGGCGCAGAGUGGACUCUGGCCCGGGAGAGCGCGGCCGGGCGCCGGAACGUGGAGCGAGAGGCACCGGAAUGCAAACAAAGCUCGCGGGCGCCCGUGCACGGCUCGCGGGGAAGCCCGGAAAGUUUGUUUUAUGAUGGCUUGAGUGCGCGAGUGUGUGCGGGGGAGCGAGGCGGCCAAGUUUCUCUCUCCUGUUUCGUUAUUGGGGCAGAGAUGUUUCUCCCAUGAACCGGCGGAGGCUCGGGGGCUUGUGCUGCGGGGGGCACCUGUCUCUCAUUUAAUUUUUUUUUUUUUGGAGGAGGGGUGUAACUCAUCAUGUCGAAAGUGAUCCAGAAGAAGAACCACUGGACUAGCCGGGUUCACGAAUGCACCGUGAGGCGGGGACCCCGGGGCGAGCUGGGGCUGACGGUGCUGGGGGGCGCGGAGCACGGGGAGUUUCCGUACGUCGGAGCGGUGGCUGCGGCCGAGGCGGCGGCGCUUCCCGGCGGCGGCGAGGGCCAGCGGCUGGGCGAGGGGGAGCUGCUUCUGGAGGUGCAGGGGGUCCGGGUGUCCGGCUUGCCCCGGUAUGACGUGCUGGGAGUCAUCGACAGCUGCAAGGAGGCCGUCACCUUCAAGGCCGUCAGACAAGGAGGAAGGCUGAACAAGGACCUGCGACAUUUCCUCAAUCAGCGGUUCCAGAAAGGGUCCCCUGACCACGAGCUCCAGCAGACCAUAAGGGAUAACCUUUACCGCCACGCUGUGCCUUGCACAACCCGAUCCCCGAGAGAAGGAGAAGUGCCUGGCGUGGAUUAUAACUUUCUGACUGUGAAGGAGUUCUUGGACCUCGAGCAAAGUGGGACUCUUCUGGAAGUCGGGACCUAUGAAGGAAACUAUUAUGGGACACCCAAACCUCCUAGCCAGCCAGUCAGUGGGAAAGUGAUCACGACGGAUGCCUUGCAAAGUCUUCAGUCUGGCUCCAAGCAGUCGACCCCGAAGCGAACCAAGUCCUACAAUGAUAUGCAAAAUGCUGGCAUAGUCCAUGCGGAGAAUGAGGAGGAGGAUGACGUUCCUGAAAUGAACAGUAGCUUUACAGCCGAUUCUGGUGACCACGACGAGCACACUCUCCAAGAGACAACACUACCGCCUGUGAAUAGUCGCCUCCUCGCUGCUCCCAUCACGGACCCUUCUCAGAAGUUCCCUCAAUACCUACCUCUUUCUGCAGAGGAUAAUUUAGGUCCUCUACCUGAGAACUGGGAGAUGGCCUAUACCGAAAAUGGAGAAGUCUAUUUUAUAGACCAUAACACAAAAACAACAUCUUGGUUAGACCCUCGGUGCCUGAACAAGCAGCAGAAGCCUCUGGAAGAGUGUGAAGAUGAUGAAGGGGUACACACCGAGGAGCUGGACAGUGAACUAGAGCUGCCUGCUGGUUGGGAAAAGAUUGAAGACCCUGUCUAUGGUAUCUACUAUGUAGACCACAUCAACAGGAAGACACAAUAUGAGAACCCAGUUCUAGAAGCCAAACGGAAGAAGCAGCUUGAGCAGCAACAGCAGCAGCAGCAGCAGCAGCAGCAGCAGCAGACAGAAGAAUGGACAGAAGAGCAUUCAUCCCUUGUGCCUCCUGUUAUUCCAACUCACCCCCCAAGCAAUCCAGAGCCAGCCAGAGAACCUCCACUUCAGGGCAAACCCUUUUUUACACGAAACCCUUCUGAGUUGAAAGGCAAGUUCAUUCACACGAAGCUGCGGAAAAGCAGUCGUGGCUUUGGCUUCACGGUGGUCGGAGGGGAUGAACCUGAUGAGUUUCUCCAGAUCAAGAGCUUGGUCCUAGACGGUCCUGCUGCAUUGGACGGCAAGAUGGAAACAGGGGACGUAAUUGUCAGCGUGAAUGACACCUGUGUUUUGGGACACACGCAUGCUCAAGUUGUGAAAAUCUUCCAGUCCAUUCCCAUUGGUGCCAGUGUGGACCUUGAACUCUGCCGAGGUUAUCCAUUGCCUUUUGACCCAGAUGACCCCAAUACCAGUCUAGUGACCUCGGUAGCCAUUUUGGAUAAAGAACCAAUUAUUGUGAAUGGGCAGGAGACCUAUGAUUCGCCAGCCAGCCACAGCAGUAAAACAGGCAAAGUCAACGGCAUGAAGGACGCCAGGCCAAGCAGCCCCGCUGACAUGGCUUCAAAUGGUCCCCAUGGUUAUCCCAAUGACACUGUCUCUUUGGCAUCCUCCAUAGCCACUCAGCCGGAACUCAUAACUGUCCAUAUAGUCAAAGGGCCGAUGGGCUUUGGUUUUACUAUCGCAGACAGUCCUGGUGGUGGCGGCCAAAGAGUGAAACAGAUUGUUGACAGUCCAAGGUGCCGAGGCCUGAAAGAAGGGGAUCUUAUAGUGGAAGUUAAUAAGAAGAACGUGCAGGCUCUAACUCACAACCAAGUGGUGGAUAUGCUGAUCGAGUGUCCUAAGGGAAGUGAGGUCACACUGUUGGUGCAACGAGGAGGGCUGCCAGUUCCCAAGAAGAGCCCAAAGUCGCAACCACUGGAAAGGAAAGACAGCCAGAACAGUUCUCAGCACAGUGUUUCCAGCCACCGAAGCCUGCACACGGCAUCCCCAAGCCACAGCGCACAGGUGCUCCCCGGGUACCCACCUGCAGAGGCCCCAGCUGCAGAUCAGACUGACAGCUCUGGGCAGAAAAAACCGGAUCCUUUUAAAAUCUGGGCCCAGUCCAGGAGCAUGUACGAGAACCGACUUCCAGAUUACCAAGAACAAGACAUCUUCCUCUGGAGGAAAGAGACAGGAUUUGGAUUUAGGAUUCUGGGUGGAAAUGAACCAGGGGAACCUAUUUAUAUUGGUCACAUCGUACCACUGGGUGCUGCUGAUACGGACGGCCGCCUGAGGUCUGGAGAUGAAUUAAUCUGUGUGGAUGGGACACCAGUAAUUGGAAAAUCACACCAGCUUGUGGUCCAGCUUAUGCAACAAGCUGCCAAGCAAGGCCAUGUCAAUCUCACCGUGCGGCGUAAAGUGGUUUUUGCGGUCCCCAAGACCGAGAACGAGGUGCCCUCGCCGGCCUCCUCGCACCACAGCAGCACGCAGCCCGCGUCGCUGACGGAGGAGAAGCGCACCCCGCAGGGCAGCCAGAACUCGCUGAACACGGUGAGCUCGGGCAGCGGCAGCACCAGCGGCAUCGGCAGCGGCGGCGGCGGGGGCAGCGGCGUGGUGAGCACCGUGGUGCAGCCCUACGACGUGGAGAUCCGGCGCGGGGAGAACGAGGGCUUCGGCUUUGUCAUCGUGUCCUCGGUGAGCAGGCCCGAAGCAGGCACGACCUUCGCAGGCAAUGCAUGUGUGGCUAUGCCUCACAAAAUAGGUCGGAUUAUUGAGGGGAGCCCUGCUGACCGCUGUGGCAAGCUGAAAGUAGGAGACCGGAUCUUGGCAGUAAAUGGAUGUUCCAUCACCAACAAAUCUCACUCAGACAUUGUCAACCUAAUCAAGGAAGCGGGAAACACAGUUACCCUCCGCAUCAUUCCUGGGGAUGAGUCCUCGAAUGCCACCUUGCUGACCAACGCGGAGAAGAUUGCUACUAUCACCACCACACACACCCCUUCUCAGCAAGGGGCCCAGGAGACACGGAGCACCACCAAACCAAAGCAGGAAUCUCAGUUUGAGUUCAAAGCAUCCCAGGCAACACAGGAGCAAGAUUUUUACACUGUGGAGCUGGAAAGAGGAGCCAAGGGAUUUGGCUUUAGUCUUCGAGGGGGCCGAGAGUAUAACAUGGACCUCUAUGUUCUGCGCUUAGCAGAGGAUGGUCCUGCAGAAAGGUGUGGAAAGAUGAGGAUUGGCGAUGAAAUUUUAGAGAUCAAUGGCGAGACCACCAAAAACAUGAAGCAUUCUCGGGCCAUAGAACUGAUUAAGAAUGGUGGCCGCAGAGUUCGUCUGUUUCUGAAGCGGGGAGACGGCUCGGUACCAGAAUAUGACCCCGGCAGCGACCGCGGCGGCCCCGCCGGGCCCCAAGGCGUUCCGGAAGUGAGGGCCGCGCCGGGCGGCCGCCGGCAGCACCCGUCGCCGGAGUCCAGUCCCCCACCCGAUCUUCACAAAUCAUCGCAGCAUGGGGAAAAGCGGGCACACGGGAACGACGCGAAGGGCAGCAGGGAGCACAGCGGACGACCCAACGACCACCACACCUGGAAUGGGACCUGUCGCCGGGCCGAGGGGCGCAGGGACGCGCGGGCGGAGCGCACGGGGAGGCGCAGGGAGGGCGCCCGCAGCGCCGACGGCUCCCUGGAGAGGAGGGAGAAGCCCGGGAAGAGAAGGGAGGUGUCUCCGGAGAGGCGGCGACAGCGCUCCCCGACCCGCCGGGGGGACGGCUCGCCCGGCCGUCGGCGACGGUCCCUCGAGAGACUCCCGGAGCCCAGGUCCCCGGAGCGGCGGAGAGGCGGCUCCCCCGAGAGGAGGGCGAAAUCCACCGACCGGAGGCGCGCGCGGUCCCCCGAGCGCAGGAGAGAGCGGUCACUGGACAAAAGGAACCGGGAGGACAAAGUCAGCCGCCGAGACAGGGAAGACGCUGAUCCGAAGCAGGAUGCCGGCAGAAGUGCCAGACACGCCCCGGAGCAGAGGAGGCGACCGUACAAAGAAUGUAGCACCGACCUCAGUAUCUGAGACCCCCAAUCACAUUCCAACCUUUACCGUGUCAAAGGUUCUAAGAGGCAGGUCACAAACCUGAGAUAAUUUAGUUUCUUACCUAAAUGAAGCAUCUGACACCUGAUGAUCCUAUGAAUAGCAACAAACAUUUUAUGCGUUUGAAAUCUUAUAAGAAAAAAAAUAUAUAUGAAAAGUGUUGUGCCUGAUGUAUAAUAUUAAAGAAAGUAUUUUUAAAUGCAUACUUUUUUGGAAAUUAUUUGCCAAAUGCUGGCCCAAAGGGAUAUAAAUUUUGUUUCUACGUAAACUGUAGAAUUGUCAAAAAUUUUUCCCUUUUUUUGGGCAAUCUUUUUCUCUCCUGGUUAAAUGGGGCUGUUAAUAAUUUCCCUUACUUAGAGAAAAUGAUCAAGUUUAAUUAAUUUUAUAUAGACUGUUAUGUAGUGAUGUAGUGCUAUACUGUAGUCAGGAGUUUUUCUUAAAAGCAAAGAGCAAAAAGGCAAAGUUCUAUUUGUAAAAGCUGAGGACCCUUUGGGAUGAAUUAGGAUUGCCAGUGAUCCUAAAAUUAAGCAAACUGUAUGACGAGACUACUAUUGCAAAUGAAGGAUAUUUAUAGCUAAAGUAUGCAACACAAAGAAAUUUUAUACUCUUGAGUUAUAGUUGGUUCAGAAGACAGUUUGUACUCUCCCUGGCCCAGGAAGGCACAGAGACAAGACAGUUGGCCACCAUUACCCAAAGAACAGCCUAAGCACAGACAGGUUCUUCAGCAUCUCCAACAUCCAAUAAGAUCUCAUUUAAGGCAAUGCCACCGCAGCUUUGCUCAACAACUAGAAGGGACAGACAACAAAAAUCUGUGUUGUCUGAUUUGAGGCUGAAUACUAGAUGGAAUGGGGGACAGUGUGCCCAAUGUGAGGGAGACAUGAGAUGCCCGAUAUGGAAAGUGUGUGCCCCCUUUUUAGCAUAAGCCCACGGUUGCCCUUUGCCAAACUGGGGAGGAGGGAAUGAGCCUUGGUGGAAGGAACCUCUCUGUUGAUAUUUAAAGAAGUGAGGGUUGGGGGUGCUCAUUCUUGGAAAUGCCAAUUUUCUUUGAAACCAUAAUCAAAGUCUCUAGGUUGCUGGAAGGGAAAGGAAGGAAGUGAUCUCAGUGGUUCUAGAUCUGGUUGGGAAACUUCUGCCCCAUGACUCUUGUCUUUUGAGUCUUUGGACAGCAGCACAAAACAUAACCAUUUUUCUUUUUACAAAGACCCAUUCUUUUUGAUCCCGAAGGAGGUGUGGUUGGGUCGGCCGUAGCCCCGGGAUGUGGUUUAAAUGGAUUACUGCCUAGCUGAGCCAAAACGUUUGCUUGUACCUGUUGGACCACUACAGCAAACCGCUGCUUACAGUGCAUUGUGUAUUUCCGUAGUACUGUUUUGCAUCUUCCAUACAGACACAAAACUUUGCAAGUCAAUCACUGUUGUUCCCAUGGUACUGUAAAAAAAAAAAAACAAGAAAAAAAGAAAAAAAAAAAGAAAACCAGCCAAUCAUUGUGUGUACAGAGUUAAAAAUUGUAACUAACAGAGCCUGUUGGAAAAAAAAAAAAAAAACAACUGUUGCCUUUUUUCUUGUAUAAAAGAGAAUUUAUGACAAAAAUUUAGCUGUGAGGAAUGUGAUAUGUGUUUAUAUUUCUGAAUAUGGAACAAAUUGAUUCAUGGGGGUAUAUUUUAAUGUAAACUAAAUCAGGUAUGUAAAGUUGUUUUAAAAUGGGAGACUAUAUAAGUAAUUCUCUAAAGCUUUAGUUGGUUUGAAUAUCAUCAUUUCCUCCAUGGUGAGCCUGCUUGUGAAUUAUUAAGCACUUGUUUGCAUUCUCUGUUCUUCACUCAUUUAUUUCUUGCAGUGUGCUAUGGACUUAAUGCUCUUUCUGUAUUGAUGAAAAGCAGUAUGUGGGCCAAUCUUUUUAUAAAACACUAUGCAUAUAUAAAUAUUACAUUGUUCAUAGCUUUAUUUGACUUAUGGGUUUAUACAUAACAUUAGAAUGAGUAGCUAUAGUUGUGUGGACAUUUAUAAAACAAGCUACUUUCCUGGAACAGACACAAUGUACAUUCUGUAGCUAAAAAGGAGGAAAAAGUCUGUGAAUGCUAUUUUUAUUAUUAAAGUUUUCCAUACAAAGCAUACAUUGAGCUGUAGUAGUAAGGCUGAGGAAGAGUACAACUGAAUAAUGAUGUUCUUUUUCAUCAAGUUCCUAAGAGCCAAUUUGGAGAUUUUAUUCCUAAGGCUCCACUACCAGGAUUUUUCUCACUAGUUCUGGCAAAAUCUGUGAUGUUAAAUGACCGAUGCUCUCAUUUGUGGUCCAGAGUUUUAAAUAAAUGCAAUCAGAGUGGAUCUCUGGAGUGCAUCCUGAAGUUAACAUCUUGAUGUCUGUCUUGUAAGAAAUGAUAUUUGACAUUUCAAAAUCUGUGUUCUACCCACCUGGGCUUGUCUCUGUCCGUGAAGACUUUUGAUCUGACAAUUUCACCUGAAUUCCACACACCAGAUUUGCUUUGGAAGUAUUGUACUGUACAGGGACUAUGCAUUAAGCAGAAAGAUAUAGUCUUAUUUGAACUACUGUAACCUUACGUUGGAAACUGAUUCUUGUGAGCCUACUUUCCUUAUCCCCCCCACUUCAUGUAAAUGUCUUGGUGAGAGAUGAUGGAUGAGUAUUUUGUAUGAUUAAAUCAAACCAUUUAAAUCAAUCAAAGUCCCCUCCAUUACACAAUUGAUGCCUGAAAGAAUGUUGGGGGGAAGACUCAACACCCUACUUGUAUUUUUUAAGUUUCUUUGUGAAAGAUUUUUUAAUGCAUUUUUACUGUAAAAAUACAUGGAAAUGUAUGCAUUCCAUAACCAC